GCCGCGCCGCGCACCGGAUGAUGCCCCCGCGGGGGGCGGCGGGCUCCUGCCGCCGGCGGCGCCUGGCGCCCCUCAACGAGGACAACGGGCGGUUCCUGCUGCUGGCCGCCCUCAUCGCGGCGUACCUCAGCGCCGGCGCCACCGUCUUCUCGGCCCUCGAGAGUCCGUCGGAGGCGGCGGCGCAGCUCCGCUGGAAUCGGACCCUCCACAACUUCAGCCGCAUCUUCAACAUCAGCCUGCCGGAGCUGCGCGCCUUCCUGCGGAGCUACGAGGCGGCCAUGGCCGCGGGCAUCCGCGUCGACGCCCUGCGGCCCCGCUGGGACUUCCCCGGCGCCUUCUACUUCGUGGGCACCGUCGUCUCCACCAUCGGAUUUGGGAUGACCACACCAGCAACUGUGGCUGGAAAAGUAUUCCUCAUCAUUUAUGGCCUUUUUGGGUGUGCUGGGACUAUCCUUUUCUUCAACCUCUUCUUGGAGCGCAUUAUCUCUCUCCUGGCAUUUAUCAUGAAGGCAUGCCACGAAAGACAGCUGCGAAGAAGUGGUCUCCUACCUCCCAACUUCCGAAGGGGGCCAGCUAUGUCGGGGGUGGGCAGCCUCGUGGGGUGGAAGCCAUCUGUUUACCACGUGAUGCUGAUUCUGGGAAUUUUUGCUAUUACCCUUUCCUGCUGUGCCUCCGCAAUGUACACAGCGGUGGAAGGGUGGAACUACAUUGACUCCUUGUACUAUUGCUUUGUCACCUUCAGCACCAUCGGCUUUGGAGAUUUGGUAAGCAGCCAAAAUGCUGCGUACCAAAAUCAGGGAUUAUACAGGUUCGGAAACUUCAUAUUUAUAUUAAUGGGGGUAUGUUGCAUAUACUCUCUUUUUAAUGUCAUCUCAAUUGUAAUCAAGCAAGUUUUGAACUGGGUGUUGAAAAAAUUCAAAUGCAGAUGUUGCCCAAAGUGCCAUAAAUCAAGUGCCCGCCUCGGACGUCGCAACGCCAUCACCCCAGGAGCCCGCCUACGUCGACAUAACAUCUCAAUGGACGCUGAUGGACAGUACGACAGCGACACCGAGGGGAGGAGGCUCUCUGGGGAGAUGAUCUCCAUGAGGGAGCUCACGGCAUCGAAUAAAGUCUCUCUGGCCAUUUUGCAAAAGCAGUUGUCUGAGACAGCCAACGGCUACCCGAGGAACGUUUGUAUCAACACGAGACAAAACGGUUUCUCUGCAGGGGUGGGUGCUCUAGCCAUCAUGAACAACCGCUUGGCAGAAACAAGUGAUUCUAGGUAGAGUUUUUGAAAUUCCUUUUGUUUCUUUAAUAAAAAUAAAAUGGUGAUUAGGGUGGAAUUAUCACUGGAAACUACUGGAAAGUUUUAAAUUCAGAGAUGGCCCUGGUAUUCAUUGGGCGUUCAACAUUUUCAUUUCUGGGGGUUUUAUAAUUCUUCUCUAAUAUAACAUCUUCACUGUAAUGUUAUAUUUUUCCCCAAAGAGUUUUUUGGAAGAGACUUGGAUGUCUUCGAUGCAGGAUCAGAUGCAUUUGUAGAAAAAUGGUGUGCAUGGUUAUGAUGGUAUCAAAAUGAACAUGUUCUUCAGAACAUAUCCUGCACCCAAACUCUGGGUUAAAAAUGCAUAAAAUGGGCAAGUUCGGCUCCAGAUUCAAACUUGGAGUUGAUAAGGUUUGGCUAAACCAAUAUCUCACCAUUUGUUGAAGUCUGGAUCUGGCCCUGAACUUUGUACUUGAUGGUCUUCAGCAAUUCCUCAUAACAGGCCUGUAUAUAGCAUACACGUAGGUGGCUGCAGUUGUACCAGGUUUAGGGUGACUGUGCUUCACUUGAAUAAUCCUACUGACUUCAAUGGUAGAGGAUCAAAUGAGCUUCAUUCCCCUGAGUCUAAAUGUUGGUUUUUAGCCAGUCUUGUCUGAAACGCUACCUGCCACAUAACUAGAAGUCAGGGGAAUAUCAAGAACUGUGUUAAAAUGUGCAAAGCUAUUCCUACCUGCUGCAUUACUGAAAACGGGCAAUUGUCAACUUUGGUACUGACUUAAUUUAAUGCAAGAGAAGCCAGUACACACCUCUGGUGUCAAAUGUUUGGGUCGCCACUGAAAUGCUUAAUUCAUUACUUUUACAUGAAAAUAAGUAGCUAAAAUGAAUGUAGGCUCUCCAUUGUCCUAAAUUUGCAUCUUUUACUUCUGCAGUAUUGUUGCAGAGAUUCAUGGAAAUGAUUUCUUCGCACUUUUUUUAGGGGGGGACAAUCCUGUACUUGUUUCCCACAAGUGAAGGUUAUACAGAAGAGCAUUGCUUUGGAGCCCCCCCAGUAGCUGGCUUCCCCGAAAAUGUUGGUACUAAGUCAUAAAUUGGCCUAAGGCUGUUGCUACUGUCUUAAGUCAUAUUUAACCUGUGCUAGCCAAAACCGCUGAAGAUCCUGAAGCAUCUUCAAGCAAACCUGGUCUAAGUGUCUAGUUUAGCAUGACAAAUGGGUGCAUAGGUAUUUCUGCAAAUCUCUUUCAGAAACAUGUGCAAAGACCUGGAUCAUUUCUCUAAAUUCUCUAUACUAUGCCACUCCUUUAAUGCUGUAAAGAUAAUAAAAAGGCUUCUGUUGUUUCCAGCAAGAAAUACAACUUAAGCUUGAAGUCUUAGAAGACAUAGUGGUCAGCUCUUGAAAACAACUUAGGUAAUUAUAGGCAAGAUCAUGAGUACUAGGUUGAUUGCAGAAUAAAUUGAAAAAGCUGAUGAAAACAAACUAGGAAUAUUAGAAAUGUUUCAAAAUAUUCCAUAAAGAUAUUUUACUCUAUUGUUUAUUUACUUUACUUUGUUUUGCAUGGGAUUGGGGUAUCCAUCGGUUUGAUCUCCUUUGAAUUUGUAGUAGUGCAAAAUAUUUUUUAAUUUAACCUCAGAAAACUAACUUUUAAUUUGAGGUUUUGCACACCUGAGCCUGCCAGCUGACGUAUGACAGUGAUUGUGUCUUUUGCCUGAAGGAGAAGGAACCAGAGCAGCAGAUAAACCAUCACUAACAGAUCUGCAUCAUACUAUAAACUUGAUCACAGCUUUUAUUAAGAUGCGUUUGGCCAGAAACACUCAAUGAUUGUGUUCUGUAUCUACCUGAUACAGACUCAUACUUAAGAGCACGUGGUAUGGCAGAGACUGCAUUCAAAAGGCAUUCAUCUGGCAGGAGCUUCCCUGGUGUCAAAGAGACCCUCUAAGGUUCAUUAUUCAUGUACCUGUCCCUGUGCACUCCAUCUCAGAUGCUACGUUUGAGUGGCCCUUUGAAGAAGCAUACAGAGAUCAAAAGUGUUUGGUGAUACUAAUUUGAAGUCCACUGAAGGAUAAAUUUAAGCAGGGUGUGUAGGGGCAGGUUGCGGUCUGGGAAGGACUCAAAGACUGACUGCAAAGACCCAGUUCAGGAAGGUGACUUCCAGAGUUUCAGGGACCAUUUUUGGAAGCAGCAGAGGCAGGGAACCAAAAGAAUAAGAAUUCGGAAUUAUGCCCAGGGGUAAAUCACUUUGACUAUGAUGAGUUAUGUGUUUGUUUAUUAAGAAUGUGUGUGGGGCACUGCUCUCUUUUUUGCAGCUAGACCUCUCUUAGGGUUGUAUCUUGGUACAUUUGCCAUCAUGGGGACUAUUACUCAUUAGAAUGGACCCUGCUGUGUGAAGUGCUGCAUAAAUUGAGGCAGAUGGGCUCUGUCCCAAAAGUCUUUAAGAGUUUGAAUAGAUAGGAUCCCAAGCCACAGCAGAAUUACUUACAUUUAUCAUUUUACUCAUAAAAAAACAUGUUCAAAUGCAUUAACAGUCUGUGAGCUCAAAAAUUACAUUUUUAUGAUAACAACUUUGCAAAUUAAGGGUUUUUUUCAGUAAGUUGUUUUUAAAGGAUAAAUAUUACAACUAUGAUUAGGGACCGGUUUAAAUGUUUGUAAAUUGUUUUCAAACUACCUGUUCCUGCCUGGGAAAUACAGUGAAGUAAUAUGAAAUUUUACAUACCUCCUCUGCUAUUUCUGUACUUUUUCUGAGUCCAAUCAAAGGCAGACACACAGUCUGUUGUAAUCUGAUUUAAAUGUUUCUGAGUCUUUUUGGAGCCAUUGGUCACAGUGGUGCCAUUGCAGGACGCUUUGCAGUUCCCAUUGACUUCAGGGGGACUAGGAUUGGCUCCCAGGACUGGGUUCCCCAAGGGAUUUGGGCAUCUGAUUGCUACUCUAUGCACUUAGGUCUGAUGUUUCUUUAUUCCCAAGAUCCUUGACAAACUCCAUUCUGCUUCUCCUUAGCCUCAGAGGCAUAUAAAGUGCAUGCCGAGUUUUCCAGCAGUGCCCUAUUUCUUGCAGCACACAUAUGCAUAGAAGCUGACACAACUCAACCACAGGGACCCCCCAGUUUGUAUCUAAGCCCCAUAAAAAUCCCCAUCCCUAUUUGGCUCAGCAAGGCCAGUUUAUGAGAGGGUUCAGAGCAUGAUUACUGAACUGGGUCUCACAAGGAGUGGCCUUACAGUUCCCUUGUACUCAGUAGCUGAAAUAUUUUUCAAGGACACAUGAAAACCAAGCUCAAAAUCUCUACUUCUCUGCCUGCUAGCACUACCUGGGCACCCAUCUCCCGUGUGCAUGAUCCUAGAGGACAGAGGAGAUGUGAGAUCAGCCUUUCCUAGUCCUUCCUGUUCUUUCUAUUUUUUUUUAAUGACAAUUUCUCUUUAAACUUGCCAGACUUGGGCACCUAACUCCUCUCUUUUAUUGUGCAUGGUCCAACUCAGGAUUUCCCAGGGCAGCCUGCUCCUUUUGUGAACUGAACACUAAACAUGAACCAGUUGCACCAAGUGCAAUUCCUCCUGGUACUUCAUUUUUACAGACAAAGCAGAUACCUGCAAUAUCUGGACACAGGCUGAAGCACAAGAAGUCAGAAGGAAAUUGAAGGAACGGGGUAGGAGAGUAAAAGCACACUGCACUAGAUUGCACUUUCUUUUCAGGUAACUUGGGAGUUGUAUUACAUUCGUGAAAUGUUUGGGGUUUUUUCCCCAGGUUUUAUUUUUGGACAGCCUUGAAAGAAUGCUAUUAACUUAGGAUUUAAAAGUUUAGCUUGAUACAACCCUCUCUGCACCACCUUGCAAAACAGCAGCAGUGAUUCCUAGCUGGCACAGACCCAGACAUCCCAGUUGCACAGGCAGGAGCUCAGAUCCCAUGACCCAAAUUGGUCUCUUGCUGUCUGAGCCUGAGAAGAGCAUUCAGGAGCAGAAGAAAGCUACAGGACUUGGGACUUCUCUGUGGGACAGUCCUUAGUAAGAGCAGCGAUGCAUAGGCAUGAGCUGCUCAGACCUCCAGCUUUGUGCUGGAGUAGAUACUAUGUUCACCUGGCCCAUGUGCUAAUACCUUGCAGAUAAGAAUUUAAAUUUAAGUGAAAAUUAAUAAGGGACAAUGGCCAAAUUCAAGCGACGUCUUCUCUUUCCUCUGGAGCUCAGGGCGGAGCAGUUACAAUGAACAGUUCCCUGUGAAACCUGGGGUGUUCGACAGUCGCUACAUUUACUUCUUAGGGUUUGUCUUUGUGUGUCUCAGACGAAGUUUGGAGUCAUGCUGAGAUGUCACCUGAUUCUAUUAGUUUCUUCCCAUCUGCAAACAAACUUCUCAUUUUGUGCAAAAAAAUUCAGAUUGCUUUUUAUUUACUUGCAAUGCAAAGGAUGUCCUUCAGAUUAUAUAAAUAUUCAGAGAAGUAAUCUCAUUGACCUCAGUCACAGACGUUUCUGAAGGCCAAGGCUGUAGUUUGUCUCCCUGCAGAAGCAUUGCACAAGUAACUCCCAUUACUGCUAGCAAAGGUACUUUAGGCAGUGGCUGGGGCUUUGCAGCAGUAGGCACAAUUAAAAAUGGAAAGAAGGUCUGUUAUAAAGGAUAUUUGUGCCUCUUUGACAUGUACUUGCUAUUUGAUAACGCAGUUGCCAGCUCUAAUUGCAGCAAAAAUACCCAAUGGAAGACUGGAGAGGCAUAAGAAUCACGUUAAAAGCUCUCGGUGACCACCCAAUGCCAUGCUCGGGUUACCCAGAGAUGUGCUGCAAUGUUGCUUGUUGGUGUAGUGCUGGUGUCCCACCAUGGCUUCAGCCCUGGCCCUCCAUCUCUUCUUGCCCCCAGCUUUCUGCGGGUGAAUAUUUGGGUAUACCACAACCAUUUACCUGUACUUCAGUCAUGUCUUGACUUGUUACUGCAAGGAGGACUUGAGCAGCAGUGGAGGCCAUGUAGCCAGGCAUGCAGGCUUGUAGCUGUAGCAAUGAGACCUUUCUCACUUUUUUGUGGUUUUCUAACCUUUAACUUGAAAAAUAUUCAGUGUCUAAUUAUUACAAUGAAUGUUCAGAGCUAAUCUAAACAAAAUCAUAGUUUGCUGAUUGCUAGCCCAUCUAUGGAUAUGGCUUCUGCUCUCAUUGGAUUACUAAUGUGCCUUUCCAAACCAACACACAUUUUCAAUGUUAUAUUUAGAUAAUACAAUAAAUGUUAUGUUACAUAAUAAAUUCAAUUAGGGCAUACUAAUACUUGACUCACACAAAAUAACUAAUGAAGUGUGCAUUGCACAUUGUACAACCAAUAUGCAAUUUCUUUUUUGUGAAGACUUCCAUAUUUGCGCUCAUAUUCUGCUUUCAUGAAUACUCAUGCCAGGAAAACAGGAACAUAACAACAGAAUCACAGAGUAGUUUGGGUUGGAAGGGACCUUUAAAGGUCAUCUAAUUACAUUGUCUGUGGAAAAUGCAUGAAGGUAUGGCCAAUUCCACUGAUACUUGACUUGUAGGAUAAGCACAUUAACGUAUGCGCAGUAAGCGGUUCAUUAUGCAUUAUAAAUAUGUUGUAUAGCAGUGGCACAGAGGAAGGACUACUUCACUUUACAUGGCCACAGUCCGAAUGCAGCUACCAAUAAAGACGCAUGCCUUUGUUCUUACUCUUUCUCUUUAUUAAAUGGAUAACUGCCACCCUUUAAUUAGGAUAUACCUUUAAACCAAGGGAAAAAAGAACAAUUCAAUUGGCCUCAGUAUUGCAUAGCCAAAAAGAGGUCUGGGAUCAAAUUCAAACUUUCAACUCUUGGGAACUGAAAUGGUGUAGUUUUGCGUUGAAGUGGAUCUGCAAACCUGCAGCCUUCCUAACUGUUGUGUUUAGUCCUUCCUUGGGAAAGGAAAGAGCCAGUAAAUACAGACACCGUUUAUAGCAGAGCACCCAGUAGUCCGGCAGUUUAGCAAGGGAAAAGAAAUAUAAGCUUUUCUCAAAAUACAGCGAUGUAGGAGAUGCUGAUCUCAAGAUACCGUCGAUGUAGGAGAUGCUCUCGUUGCAUCACAGGGUCAGCUACCUUGUCUGGAACAUAGAGAGAAGUGUUUUGUGAGACACAGAGGGAAGAGAGAGGGACCGCAUGCUUACACUCACCAUCUGCUCUUCACUGAGGAGGUGAACACUGUCAAGGGCUGAUUUUGGAAAAAUGAUCACCCAGCUGACUACUGGAAAAGCAGCCAUUCUGAUCAAUCCCUUACGGUGAUGGGUAUUCUAUAGGUGCAGAUUCCCACGCCUCUGGUCCCCCCAGUCCCCAGGCCAUGUCACACCCAGGUGUGUGCCAGCCAGCUCCCAAGCCUGGACUCAGCAUGAGGAAGCACCGGGCAUGAGGAUGUAGGUGGAUUUGAAAUUGUGUAACAUCAUUGCCUGAACUGUUUUCAGGAUUAGGCCCCCCAGCAGGUGAUGCUUUAUCAGACCGGCUAAGAAAUACAAAGAUGCUCCCAUAAUCCCUUUGUACUUCACAGACUGUGAAGUACACAAAAGAUCACUUUUUAAAGCCAGCGAGUCAAUGCUAAAUUAAUGCUUUUAUAACAAUACACAAUAAACAACUUGGA